CAAAAUUUGACGUUCAGCGUCAUUCAAAACAACAAAUCAGAGUGUAACAAAAAUGACAUCAGGCGCGCUAGAAACUAAAAAAAUCUAGUGAAAACAUACACGCACACACACAAUAAUUAUGUGGCUAAAUUCAUUACCUACUAUAAUGUGACAAAAAUACUGGUGAACCGAAGAUUGGAAUUGGGCAAAUAUUUCUGUGAUAUGCCGGGGCCGGAUGUUAAGGCCAAUGACAAUGUACUCGGGGAAAUGUCUACGGAGCCAACGGCGACUGUGCACAGCGGGGUAGAGGCCAAGGCUGACAGGAAGCUGACUGUGCUCGAAACACAUGGCUACGUACUCGGCAGGACCAUCGGAUCCGGCUCGUAUGCCACUGUUAAGGUGGCCACCAGCGACAGACACAACUGUCAAGUCGCCAUAAAAAUCAUAAGCAAGUUUCAAGCACCUGGAGAUUAUUUGAAAAAGUUUCUACCGAGAGAAAUAGAAGUCGUGAAAGGAUUGAAGCAUGAAAAUUUAAUACGAUUCCUACAAGCUAUCGAAACCACCCACAGAGUAUACAUUGUGAUGGAGUAUGCCGAGAACGGCAGCUUGCUGGACAUCAUCCGCAAGGACCAGCACAUCGACGAGGCCCGCGGCCGCCGCUGGUUCAAGCAGUUGGUCGAAGCGGUCGACUAUUGCCACGAGCGCGGAGUUGUGCAUCGAGACAUCAAAUGCGAGAAUUUGCUGAUGGAUCACGGGCUAAACAUAAAACUGUCAGACUUCGGUUUCGCGAGAGGCCACAUGAAGCCCAAGAACGGAGUGUUCGCCCUGAGCGAGACUUUCUGCGGCAGCUACGCGUACGCCUCCCCGGAAAUCUUAAAAGGGGUCCCAUACAAACCUCAAGACUCCGACAUCUGGAGUAUGGGAGUUGUACUCUACGCUAUUGUGUACGGCCGUUUGCCUUUCGACGAUACAAACUAUACGCAACUUUUAAAGCAAGUUCAAAACAAAGUAUCGUUCCCUCGCGAUCCGAAAGUCUCAACGGAGUGUAGAAAGCUGAUCACCAAGAUCCUGUCGCCGCUGAAGGUGCGCGUCAAGAUCCCGCAGAUCCUGGCCGACCCCUGGCUCAACCCGAACCAGCCAGCGAAAGACGAAGAGGUGGACACCGCGCAGGUGGAAAACGCUCAAAUGAGCAAGGAUGAAAUCAAAAGCGUAAACAUCGGAACUGUAACAUUUGACAGAAAAUUAGAAGAAGUAAAAUAACGUGAAAAACAAUUUAUAUAAUUCUAAAGCAAAUAAAAAUUCGUAACAUGCA